AUGUCACCACAGGAGCCUGAGAUGAACGGUAGCACGGCCGCGGGGUACGUGGCGUUCCCGCACCUUGACAGCGACGCGACAAGAGAUGGGCAGCCUGUGCUCAACCGUCAUUCAACUUUCAUCACGCGAGAUCAUGACUUUCCACCUGCAAAAGCAAUGCUCUACGCCGCAGGGGUUCCCGACGAACAUGCGAUGCAGACGAGCCCACAGAUAGGAAUUGCUUCGGUAUGGUGGGAGGGCAAUCCUUGCAACAUGCACUUGGGAGAUUUGGCAGCUACGAUCCAAAAGUCAGUUCAACAGGAAGGAUUUUUGGGCUGGCGAUAUAAUACGAUAGGCGUGUCCGACGGGAUCACUAUGGGGAACGAGGGUAUGAGGUUCUCAUUACAAUCACGGGAGAUCAUAGCAGACAGCAUAGAAACAAUGACCUGCGCCCAAGCCCAUGACGCGUGCAUCGCUAUUCCCGGUUGCGACAAGAACAUGCCUGGCUGUGUUAUGGGGCUGAUCCGCCAUAACCGACCCUCGGUGGUCGUGUACGGAGGCACGCAGAGAGGAGGCUACAGCAAGACGCUCUCACGACCAAUCGACAUCAACACGCCGUCGGAGGCAAGGGGCGCAUAUAUUCUGGGGAAGUUGAUAGAAUGGGCCCCGAACCAGCAGCAUUCUGCUGAAGAAAUCAUCUCUGACAUCGAGAAGAACUCGGUCCCGGGGCCAGGAGCUUGUGGCGGCAUGUACACGGCAAACAGCCUGGCAACAGUGAUCGAAACGUUAGGGCUCUCCGUGCCAGGCUCUAGUAGCUCACCUGCCAUGUCACCCGCCAAGCUCCGAGAGUGCGAUCGAAUGGGGGGAGUCAUCCGAACAUGCCUGGAAAAGAACAUCCGGCCACUCGAUAUCCUUACACGGCAAGCAUUCGAGAAUGCUCUAACCAUGAUGAUGGUAGUUGGCGGCUCAACAAACUCGGUGCUACAUAUUCUCGCAAUGGCGCGAACGGCCGACGUCGAUCUGAGCUUGGAUGACUUUCAGAGAGUGUCUAGCAAGACACCCUUUCUCGCCAACAUGGCUCCUAGUGGAAAACACACCAUGGAAGAUUUGUUUGAUAUUGGCGGUAUACCAUCAGUGAUGAAGCUCUUAGUAGCCGCUAAGCUGUUAGACGGUUCGACGCUCACUGUAACCGGGAAGACGCUCGCCGAGAAUGUCGAAUCAUGGCCAUCGCUGCCGCAAGGACAAGAAAUCAUUCGCUCUCUCGACAACCCCAUUAAGCCUAGUGGCCACAUCGAGAUACUCAAGGGUAAUAUUGCUCCCGGCGGAGCGGUGGCUAAGAUCACUGGCAAGGAGGGCUUAUGCUUUGAAGGCAAAGCAAUGGUGUAUGAUAAAGAGCACCAACUAUGCACGGCACUCGAUAGAGGAGACGUGCCAAGGGACGAGAACGUCGUCCUGGUUGUGAGAUACGAAGGGCCCAAAGGGGGGCCUGGAAUGCCCGAACAGCUACGAGCGUCAGGCACGUUGAUUGGGGGUGGAUUCAAGAAUGUAGCUCUUAUUACCGAUGGUCGGUACUCGGGAGCCAGUCACGGCUUUAUUGUCGGCCACAUCGUCCCUGAGGCUGCUGUCGGUGGCCCUCUCGCAGUUGUGCAAAACGGCGAUGUUAUUCGCAUCGACGCCGUCAACCAUCGCAUUGAAAUGCCCAACGUCACCGACGAAGAGAUCCAGCGACGGAUGCAAGCCUGGAAGCCACCAAAGUUGCCGAUCAGGAAGGGCACCCUGGCUAAGUAUGCUCAUCUUGUGUCUAAUGCUUCGUAUGGAGCAGUUACAGAUGCGUUUUAG